CUGAAAGUAAAAAUAUCAGAGUGAGGGACUGUGUCUGUAAAAUGGCAGCUAAACCUUUGAUUCCUGAGGACGAUCUCUGUUGCUCUAUAUGUUGUGAUAUUUUUAAAGAGCCUGUUCUCCUGAAAUGCAGCCACAGCUUCUGUAAAAUAUGUCUGCAGCAGUACUGGGAAGAGAAGAGCUCUCGAGAAUGUCCUGUCUGCAGGAGAAAUGCCUCUAUGGAGGAUCCUCCUGUAAACCUGGCUUUAAAAAACAUUGUGGAGUCCUACUUAAUGCAGAAGUCUAUAAGGGAAGCUGCAGGCAAGAGUGAUGAUCACUGCAGUCUUCAUGGGGAGAAACGUUUAUUCUUCUGCGAACAUGACCAAGAGCCUCUUUGUGUCGUCUGUCAGACUUCGAAAAAACACAGAAACCACCCAGUCUGUCCAGUGGAAGAGGCUGCGUUGGAUCUGAAGGAGGAACUCAAGCCUGCACUUAAUCUCAUUAAAGAAAAACUGAAGAGGUUUACUGAGGUUGAACGAGAAUGUAAGAAAGCAGCUGAACACAUCAGGCGUCAGGCCCGUCACACAGACAGACAGAUAAAGGCAGAGUUUAAGAAGCUCCGCCAGUUCCUGCGAGAGGAAGAAGCAGUCAGAUUAGCUUUACUGAGAGUGGAAGAGGAGCAGAAGAGUCAGAUCAUGAAGGAGAAGACUGAAAACAUCACAGGACACAUCUCCACCCUCACAGACAAAAUCACAGCUAUAGAGAAGGCCAUGGACACUGAAGACAUCUCCUUUUUAAAGAGCUACAAGAACAUCAAGGAAAGAGCCCAGUGCACACUGCAGGAUCCAGAGCUGCUCUCAGGGGCACUGAUAGAUGUGGCCAAACACCUGGGAAACCUGAAGUUCAGAGCCUGGGAGAAGAUGCGGGAGAUGGUGCAGUACACUCCUGUGGUGCUGGACCCCAAUACUGUACAUACCUGUCUCUCUCUCUCUGAUGAUCUGACCACUGUGAGACUCACAGGUACAGACCAGAAAUAUCCUGACAACCCAGAGAGGUUUAAACCCUGUGGGUGUGUGCUGGGAUAUGAGGGGUUUACCUCAGGGAAACACAGCUGGGACGUGAAGGUUGGGAAUAAAUCUGCCUGGGAUAUAGGAGUGAUGAAAGAGUCCAUCAGUAGGAAGGGAGCGAUAUCAUGCAACCCAAAGAAAGGAUUCUGGGUCUUAACGCUGAGGAAUGGUGAUAAGUACGGUGCAACUGGAGGUGCUGGCCUCACACUGAAGAGGAAGCCCCAGAGCAUCAGAGUGCAGCUGGAAUAUGACAGGGGGGAGGUGUCCUUCUUCGACUCCAGUGACAUGUCACUCAUUUACACUUUUAAAGACACAUUUACUGAGAGAGUGUUCCCAUUCUUCUCUCCCUGUUUGAAAGAAGAUGGUAGGAAUGAAGGACCCCUGCAAAUAUGCCCAGUGAAAGUUUCUGUAACAUUAUGCCCAGACGGUGGAGACUACUGCCCACCAGUAGAGUGGCCCCAGUUUCUUUGUAAAAUGGCACUUAUAAACUGGGCUUUAAGAAGCAUUGUGGAGACCUACUUAAAGCAGAAGACUACAGACUGCAGUCUUCAUGGGGAGAAACUUCUAUUAUUCUGCGAACAUGACAAAGAGCCUCUCUGUCUCGUCUGUCAGACAUCAAAAAAACACAGAAACCACCCGGUCUGUCCAGUGGAAGAGGCUGUACUGGCGCUGAAGGAGGAACUCAAGCCUGCACUUAAUCUUAUUAAAGAAAAACUGAAGAGGUUUACUGAGGUUGAACAAGAAUGUAAGAAAACAGCAGAACAUAUCAGGAGUCAGGCCCAGCACACAGAGAGCCAGAUAAAGGCAGAGUUUGAGAAGCUUCACCAGUUCCUGCGAGAGGAAGAGGAGGCCAGACUAGCUGCUCUGAGGGACGAAGAAGAGCAGAAGAGUCAGACAAUGAAAGAGAAGAUAAAAAACAUCACAGGACACAUCUCCACUCUUACAGACAAAAUCACAGCUAUAGAGAAGGCCAUGGGCACUGAAGACACCUCCGUUUUACAGAGCUACAAGAACAUCAAGGAAAGAGCCCAGUGCACACUGCAGGAUCCAGAGCUGCUCUCAGGGGCACUGAUAGAUGUGGCCAAACACCUGGGCAACCUGAAGUUCAGAGUCUGGGAGAAGAUGCUGGAGAUGGUGCAGUACAGUGAGUAUCUGGGGCAGCCGGUGAAAUUAUGUUUUUUGCAUGUAUUUAAUGAACACACAGAUCUGAAGAAACAAGCUGGAGCCCUGCAAAGUGCCAAACUCUCAGUGCUGUAUUUGUAUGGGGCACGCUGCCCUGCCAAAGUGCUUUUAAAUAUCUUUCCUCUUGAAAUUUCAGCUCCUGUGUUUCUGGACCCCAAUACUGCACCCCCCUUUCUCUCUCUCUCUGAUGAUCUGACCACUGUGAGACACACAGGUACAUACCAGAAAUAUCCUGCCAACCCAGAGAGGUUUAACUCCUGCGUUAGUGUGAUGGGAUCUGAGGGGUUUACCUCAGGGAUACACAGCUGGGAGGUAAAGGUUGGGAAUAAACUUGAGUGGACUAUAGGAGUGAUGAAAGAGUCCAUCAGUAGGAAGGGAGAUAUACCAUGCAUCCCAAAGAGAGGAUUCUGGGUCUUAACGCUGAAGAAUGGUGAUAUGUACAGAGCAUCUGGAGUUACUGACCUCAGACUGAAGAGGAAGCCCCAGAGCAUCAGAGCGCAGCUGGACUAUGACAGGGGGGAGGUGUCCUUCUUCGACUCCAGUGACAUGUCACUCAUCUACACUUUUAAAGACACAUUUACUGAGAGAGUGUUCCCAUACUUCUCUCCCGGUUUGAAACGAGAUAAGAAUGAAGAACCCCUCCACAUAUGCCCAGUGAAAGUUUCCAUAACAGUGAUGUCAUCCCAGUGAGCAUUUUCUUUUCUUUCUUUUCUUUUUUUUUGAACCAUGAAGAGGUGUAGGAAUUUUGGUUGUUUCUAAUCUGCCUCAGCAUGCCUGGUUAUUGACUUGAUCUGCGGCAGACUAGACAUGUGAACUGAUCAAAGGGGACUGGUUGAUGGCCUACCAGAACCAAAUGGGAGGCACACGCACAGAGGCC